AUGAGACAAGUGCUCGGGCCUGGUGCACUGGGAAGACCCAGAGGGAUGGGGUGGAGAGGGAGGUGGGAGGGGGGACCGGGAUGGGGAAUACAUAACUGGACAUGGAACAACAGACUGUUUCCAAAUAGGAAAAGGAGUACGUCAAGGCUCCGCCUUUCGCUCCCUCCUUGCCACACUAUACUCCAGUUUUUGCUUGGAUUUACUCCUGACAACGUGGUUGGAAUGUAUCUGGCUCAAAACUAUGACAUACCAAACCUGGCUAAAAAACUUGAAGAAAUUAAAAAAGACGUGGACGCUAAGAAGAAACCCCCUAGUUGCUGA